AUGGCAUCAACACUUUUACCAUUAGAAUUGAUCGACAAAUGCGUCGGCUCGAGGAUCUGGGUUGUGAUGAAAGGCGACAAAGAGUUCGCCGGCACGUUACUGGGCUUCGAUGACUACGUCAACAUGGUCUUGGAAGAUGUGAUCGAAUUUGACUACACGGGCGCGCAAACGAAAUUACCUAAGAUCCUGCUCAACGGCAAUAACAUUUGCAUGUUGAUACCCGGCGGUGAAGGGCCAGUGCCGCCAUCAUCGUGA